AUGAGGUCCCUCUGGCUUCAGGGAGUCAGGCCAGAGCAGGGGGCCGCCAAGUGCUGCACCCCAGGGACCCCCAUCACCCAAAGGCCACAGGACAAGGAGGAUCGAGCUUGGUUUCAGGGCCAGCACCAAGGCGACAGCCUAGCAGUGGAGGCUGAGGCGGUGACCCCCUGCUGCUCAGGCCUGGUGCAGGCACCAGCAAGCAUGGCUCUGGAGUCGGAAGCAGAGGAGCUGCUGUUUGGUUUCCUCAUCUGCCUGGGGAUCCAGUUCAAGGCAGACUCGGGGCCUCAAAGAUGUGCCGGCUACGGUCAGCCUGUGGGCCCUGGAGGACGUCCCAGCGCUUUGCCAGGCUUUGGCCGGGGUCCCCCCGACACCAUCAUGCGCAUGGACAAGCAGAGGCUCUGUGGGCACUGGCCUCACUUGCUUGAUGUUAAUAAUACUGUCAUGGUCUUCAUCACCUCUUCUGCCUCCCCCAUCGACACCAGGGAGGCUUUUAAGGUCUCCUGCUCCAUUCCUGCUGCCCCCGAAGAGCUCCCCACCCGGCUUUUCUGGCUGUAUUCCCUCUUUGCUGGCCCCACUGCCAUAGAGGGACUAGGCCUCCCUCUCAAAGAACUUCUCCUUGGUGCCCGUUUCCUGCCUGUCGACAUCACAGAGAUCAUCAACCCCAAGCCAUGUAACAUCGCCAACAGGAAGUUCCCCUUGGCCCCCCUCACCCCGGAAAUUCUGGCCUCCACAGAAUUUCUAACCCUGAGCCCCACGCUGCACCCGGACCGACCACAGCCCAGAAUGGAUCUGCUGAUUAGGCGGUGUGCAUCAUACAACAUGCUUCUGUGCCGUGCGCCUGCUUCUAAAGGGCCUGUUCGAUUGAGCGCGGAGAGGCAGUCAAGCGCACUCCAAUCUCCAGAAGCGGAACGCCGGCCAGAACCCCAAACCUCGGAUGCAAGCAAGCUUCUGUCUCCCCUGGGAGCAUCGCCGAACUCAGGGGGAGAAGUAAGCAGAAGCGGAGAUUUCUCAGGGACUUCUGGGAAAGGGAAGUCCCUGAGAACGGAAACGGAAGCGACUUGGCCCGGUGCAUCCUGGGAGUUGCAGUUCAGUUGUCUAGGGCUUUUGUACCCUCAGGCCAAGCGGUCUGGGCCCGUCGCGCGAGUAGCCACGGACGCAGGAAGGCAGGCUGGAGCUUGGUUUUCCACAAGGUCGGUGCGGCCCGAGACCCUGCUGUCCCACCUCCACUCCAACCGGGAGCAGCGGCCAUUAGGCGUUGGGGCUUGA